CAAACUGCACUGGACGCCGGGAGCGACAGCAGACAUGGCCGCCAGCGGUUGCGCCGACCUGAGGGAGAAGCCGAGGUCGGUGCCGCCGCACAGGGACGAGCACGAGACGGAUAACGGGAGCGGGCGGAAACGCCGGCACCGCGAGUACGACGACGGCGAGUGCGACGACGGCGAGUGCGAGAGCGGCGAAAACGGCGCCGACCUCCGGGAGCUGGAAGCCCCGCAGGUGAAGAGCGGCGUCCUGCGGAGGAGCAUCUUCACGCCGGAGGAGUGCAACCUCAUCGAGGAGAGGAUUGACCAGGUGGUGCCCAGGGCGGAGGCCGGACAAUGCCGGGAGCGCGCCGUGGACCGGGCGCCCCUGCGCGGCGGGUGCUUCUUCGGGGGGGACUGCACGUACGGCGCCCAGCUGGAGAAGCGCGGGCCGCAAGGACUAAUGAUGAUCAAACAACAGACAUACCUAAUGAACAAGACAGCUCAUUUCAGCUCAAGGAGGUUAGUCAGACAACUGUCCUAAAUGUCAU